AUGGAGAUUGAAUCGGAUGUGCCAAAGAUACCCAAUUACAAGCUCUCAGAGCAGCAAUUCUUACUUACACAUAUAGACUUACCUACUGAUGAACGAAAGAAAGUUAUAGAUGAGAUGGUUGAGACGAUCAAGCUCGAGAAGGCGGCACCGUAUUACAAGUAUUUACACGAUAAUGGUGUUAUAGCCGACUUCCCAUAUGACGAAUCGGUUUACCAGCAGUUAUUAACUGAGAAUGAGCAAGUAUUAAUUGAUCUCAAGAACAAGAUUAAGGAGGCCGAGGAAGAAGAAGAGACGGAACUAGACGUGGUUUCAACAACAACUAAACUUGCCGAGUAUUAUACCAAGAUUAUAGAUAAAAGUAACGGAACAGAAUUUUUUAAAAAGGCGCUAGAAUUGACAUCAGGUACAGGGUCAAAAAUUGAUCAUUUGUUGACUUUAACCAGAAUUGAUUUUUUCUUCAAUGAUUUACCAGAAGCUCGUAAGCAUUUGGAUCAGGUUGCAAACCUCAUAGAAAAAGGAGGUGACUGGGAGCGCCGUAACAGAUUCAAAGCAUACAAUGGAAUAUAUUUGUUGGCUACUAGGAAUUUCACCGAGGCUGCUAAAUUGCUUAUUGACUCUUUAGCAACGUUUACAUGCACCGAGUUGUGCUCAUACGAGCAGAUUGCUUACUAUGCGAUUGUUGCCGGCGUUCUUUCCUUGGGCAGAGUAGACUUGAAGGAAAAGAUUAUUGACUCACCAGAAAUAUUGUCGAUUUAUUCUUCAGCGCCAAAUUUGGAACCUUUGUUGAAUUUGACAAAUUCAUUGUACACUUGUCAAUACAACUGUUACUUUGAAUAUCUUUUGCAAUCUUAUGACAAGUUGUUGUUGCCUAAUAAGUAUCUACACGCGCACGCUAGUUACUUUCUUCGGGAAAUGAGACGUAAAGCAUAUGGCCAACUAUUGGAAAGCUACAAAUCGUUAUCGAUAAAGUCCAUGGCGGCCAACUUUAACAUUAGUGAAGAGUUUUUGGAUGAAGACUUGUGCAAAUUCAUUCCCAAUAAGAAACUCAAUUGUGUUAUAGACAAAGUUAAUGGAAUCAUUGAAACCAACAGACCAGAUAACAAAAAUAAUCAAUACCAUUCUCUAAUCAAACAAGGAGAUGGGUUGUUGACUAAGUUACAAAAGUACGGUGCUGCUGUUAAAUUGAGUGGUGCUGAAAGAGUAGUAUAA